CAUCGAUUCAACGCCACACAAAAAGCGCAAUGUUACGCGAGAUGUCUUUCUUUGGCUUGUGGUACGUUCAGGUGACCACACUCUGCAGCCGAUCCAGUGCGUAUCACGCCCACGGCAUGACAUACAGCUCAAAGCUCGAGCGAAACCACUAUCAUGGUUUCAGAAAUAGUGAUAUGUGAACAUGCUAAAUGUCUGAUAUAUGCAGCCUGCCUUACCCCCGAGAGAUGGUGGUUGCAGCCGGCGGCUUUCCAGAGGCGUAAACUGUUUUACAGAGCAGUUAUGGUCGAGUGCGCCAAAGGCGGUGGGGAGGAACCUGGGAAGGCACGCCCACUCCUCUCCUUUAACCUGCUCAAUCUCGAGUUUCAUUAACUGCAAGAUAUCGACAGUUAUGUUGCAUUUCUUACUAUUCAGUUCGUUGGUGGGCUAUGCGUGGGCGAAGACGGUCACGUAUGACUGGUAUAUCCGAUGGCGACUGGUGCGCUGCGUUUUCACGACUCCUCGAAGCUCACUAACAUCGGCAAGGCAGCGCCAGACGGUUUCGUUAGACCUAUCAUCAGUGUCAAUGGGAUAUGGCCGUAGGAGAGCUCUUAUUCCCAGAUGCAAUUGCUGAUGCUCGCCAGUCCUCCGACCAUCGAAGCAAACGUCGGCGAUACCAUCGUUGUGAACGCGUACAAUGAACGAGACCACCUCGCUUCAUUUCCAUGGCAUGUACCAGAACGGAACCGUUGCAGCAGACGGUCCUGUUGGAGUCGCUCAAUGUGGUAUAGCGCCUGGUAGAUAUUUCCAAUAUCGCUUCGUAGGGAAUCCAGC